AGCAGCACUCGUUUCCUUCAAGCUCCCGAAAAUGGCAGACAACGGAGUGCUGCCGGUCGACAAGUUAACAAUUUCCGAAUUCGUCGAAGAAGCCGAGUUCUCACAGCGUGUACUGGUUCGAUCGAUUUUGGGCCGUCCUGACGGCGGCGCUGGACUUGCUGGGCAGACCUUAAAGGUAGGCGGAUGGGUGAAGAAAGGGCGAGAACAAGGCAAAGGUUCAUUUGCCUUCCUUGAACUUAACGAUGGAUCAUGUCCGGCGAACCUUCAGCUUAUAAUAUACUCCGAUGUGGCGCCGCUAGGUCAGUUUACUCCGACCGGUACUAGCCUGCACGUGGAAGGUGUGCUUCAGAUGCCUCCUGCAGAUAAACAAGGGAAGCAGUCGAUUGAACUAAAGGUUUCAAAGGUUCUAGAUAUUGGAGCUGCUGAUCCCGCGAAGUAUCCAUUGCCCAAAACGCGAUUGACACUUGAAUUUCUUAGGGAUUACGUUCAUCUCCGGCCGAGAACCAAUACUAUUUCUGCUAUUGCCCGUAUUCGUAACGCACUAGCUUAUGCAACUCACACGUUCUUCCAAAAGCAUGGAUUUCUCUAUGUUCAUACUCCAAUCAUCACCACUAGUGAUUGUGAAGGCGCUGGAGAGAUGUUUCAGCUGCAGUUGCUGAACUUACUAAAGCCAAAAGAGAAUCUUUCAAAGAUUGAAGAGAGAUUCAACCAGAAACCUGGUAUCCCAAAGAAAGAUGGGAAGGUUGACUAUAGUCAAGAUUUCUUUGCACGCCAAGCCUUCUUAACUGUUUCUGGACAACUUCAAGUUGAGACCUUUGCUUGUGCACUCAGCAGUGUUUACACUUUUGGCCCAACUUUUCGUGCUGAACAUUCUCAUACAUCCAGACAUCUUGCAGAAUUCUGGAUGGUUGAACCAGAAAUAGCAUUUGCUGAUAUUGAGGAUGAUAUGAAGUGUGCAGAGGCAUAUGUUAGGUUUAUGUGCCAAUGGUUACUCGACAACUGUCUUGAUGACAUGGAAUUUAUAGCUGAAAAGUUUGACAAACACGCCAUUAAUCGUCUAAAAAUGGUUGCUUCUACCAAUUUUGUACGCCUUACCUACACAGAAGCAGUGACAAUUCUUGAAGAAGCUGUUUCUAAAGGCCACAAAUUUGAGAACAAUGUAGAAUGGGGAAUUGAUUUGGCAUCAGAACAUGAAAAAUACCUAACAGAGACAAAAAUUUGA